UUAAAAGUGUACAUAAUCUGUUUUUAGAUGGACAGAUUACGAUUAUUGCCAUUGGAAUUGCCAUCAGCCACCAAUAUAAAUAAUAAUAAUGGAACGAUUAAAGGGAGAAUAUCCUUUGUUCGAAGAUUAGCAGUAGGAUUCGUAAUCCUGGCUACAUUAGGUUUGUUGUAUGUGCCAGCAUACCAUUCUGCCCAAGGUCCAUUUUUAGGCUUAGGUGAGACUUCAUCUCCUGCAGAGCAUAUUGGUGUUUCACAUUUGAUAGCCUCAGUAGCACAGCUGCAAGGAUGGACAUACAAUACCUCAAGAGAUGUUUGUGUAUAUAUACAUCCAGAAAAUACAACUUCAGUUUUAAGCCCUUCAAACAUAUGUUCUCCAUCAUCGUACCUGCUAAUAAUUAUUUGUUCAGCUGUUAUGAAUUUCAAAGCUAGAACAGCUAUACGAAAUACUUGGGCUAAUAAAAAUAAUUUAGACGGUGUAUAUAAUUCAACUGUGAAGGUAGCAUUUCUUCUGGGACAAAGUGAUAAUGAUACAUUUAAUAACAUAAUAGCAGAAGAAAGCCAUCAAUAUAAUGAUAUUAUUCAGGAAAAAUUUCUUGACACAUAUAACAAUUUGACAUUGAAGUCUGUAAUGAUGUUAAAAUGGAUAACAUCGAAUUGUGGCCAAGCUAAAUACCUAAUGAAAACAGAUGACGAUAUGUUUGUAAACAUUCCUGCAUUAAUGAAAACUUUACAAGCAAGAUCGCAAACUACUAAUACAUUAUUAGGUUCUCUUAUUUGCAAUGCCAAACCGAUAUUAGAUCCAAUGAAUAAAUGGUAUACUCCAAAAUAUAUGUAUUCGGAGAAAAUUUAUCCUAAUUAUUUAUCUGGUACCGGGUAUGUAAUGAGUUUAGACGUGGCAAUCAAAUUAUAUCACGCAGCGUUAACAACGCCGUUGCUACAUUUAGAGGACGUUUAUGUCACCGGUAUUUGCGCGAAACACGUGAAGAUAAGGCCUGUAAAUCAUCCUGGUUUCAGUUACGUUCCACGUAAGCUGGAACCUUGCACUUUAAGAAAUGCUAUUACAGCACACAGAGUUAAUACAUCCACUAUGCAUGCCAUAUGGAGAAAAUUGAAUGAUGACGCCAAUCUUUCUUGCAGUCAUUAUUCCGAUAAGAAAUCAGUUACAUUAAGCAAGGGUGGUAGAAAUAUUGGUAUAACAAAAAGAAGAUCCAACAACAAAUGCGUUUAAAUUAAUAACUCGCUAAAGUUAUUUACUAAUUUAAAAUUAUAAAAAAGGAAAAAAUUAUAAAAGAUAGGUCAGUGAGUAUUCAUUCUCUCAUAAUAAUUAUUACAAAACACAGUCAUACAUUUUACAGUCAGACUAUUUUUCCAUUCAAGUAGCAAUAGCUUGUAAUGAAAGUGUUAAGUAGAUUUUAUGUGUCAGUUGCCUUCUGUGUUAUUUAUUGUUACAAAGUAAUUGUCUUCAUUGGAUAACAAAUAUCUCUUAGAUGCAAAUCUUAUUUCAAGCGUCAGUUAUAAUAAAAGUGAUGUGAAUGAAAAAUAAUUAACGAAAA